CACGCUGACUUUGAGUCAUACCCAAACCACCCGCCGCAGCAGAGUCCCGAAGCGGAAUUAUUAAGUUUUCUGAAACGAAAGUGAAUUUUUGUCCGACCAGCACAAGGAGAAAAUUUUCUUGGACCAGCUGAGACAAACGGUGACAGUAUAGUGACAGUGCGUGCGGCUCCAUCCUUGAGAAAGAAGUUUGCGGCGUCCAGCAUCACGAUUUGUGUCGAUUUAUGGGCGCGAUUUGAAAAGCGAAUUACCGGAGGAAGACGAAAGUGAAAAUGAAAUUAGGAUUUUGUUUCGGCAUCGCAUUCCUUGCGGCCCUCGCCCAAUCCGUAUCGGCACAAUCGCCCGGCUGUGAUUACUACCAACAAAUUGAUUCUGGUCAAACUUACACCAUUUACUCGCCAAACUACGGCAACCUGUACCCGGCGAACACCGACUGCCGCUGGAAGCUGACGACGACACCUGGGUCCAGGAUAGCGCUGACCUGUUCGGACGUUUACAUACCACAGAGCACAUCCUGCUACUACGAUAAGCUGGUGAUUUCGACCGGUGGGAAAAUGGAUCUUUCCGAUGCCAAAGCAUACUGCGGCACCGGUACGGUUGCGGCCGAGUCGACGGGCAGCUCGAUGGUCAUGGCACUGCAGGCCCCAUCGAUGACCUACGGGGGACGGGUACGCUGUACCGCCACCAAGAUCAACUGCCAGUGCGGGAUGAGGCGGAAGAAAAAGAUAGUCGGAGGUACUGAAACGCUUGUUAACGAGUUUCCGAUGAUGGCCGGGGUGGUGGAUGUUGCGAGUGGAGCUGGCAUUUUCUGCGGGGGCACCAUUAUAACAAAUUACCACGUUGUAACCGCCGCUCACUGCCCAAUCGGCCACAGCAUAUCCAACCUGGCCAUUCUCGUCGGUGAUCACAACAUUUCGACCGGAGUGGAUUCCAGCUACGCAGCCUUGCACCGUGUAGCCUCGAUGAAGAUUCACGAAUCCUACAGCACAACCACCAACCUGAACGAUAUCGCCGUAAUGAGGACCGCCACGGAGAUAAUCUUCUCCAGCGGCGUCGGUCCGGUAUGUCUCCCAUUCAAAUACCUCGGAGCAUCCUUCGUGGGGAUUGAGCUGGAGGCUACCGGGUGGGGUUCCACAGAUUUCGGUGACCCUAAAUCGAACGUUCUGCUCAAAGUGGGACUACCGGUGAUCGACCCCGGUCAGUGUUCCAAGACGUACUCCAAUUUUGCAGCGACGCAGAUUUGUACCUUUGCCGCGGGGAAAGACACGUGCCAGAGCGACUCCGGCGGGCCGCUGUUCUACACGGACUACUAUAAUGGACUCGUUUAUCUGGUCGGUAUCGUUAGCUAUGGGAUGGCCUGCGCUACAAAUGACCCGAGCGUAAGUACCAGGGUCACAGAGUAUCUCAACUGGAUAAUGCAAAACACCGCUGAAUGGAAUUAUUGUUAUCAAUAAAGCUAACCGGGAA